GUUUACAAGUUAAAUAAACAAACGCAGACACGAAAGCGUCACCUCAAAAAUAUAUUAUUUUUUGCUUUUGGCUGAUGACUUUGUAAAGAUGUCCAAGUCAUCGCGUAGUUUCAAGUUACCUCCGGUUGGCUCCUCGUCCGUAUCCUCAAUUUCCGGAGGUGAAUCUGGUCGCAGUUUGGAAGCCAUGUUGCACGUGACACAGGUGCAAACCUCUGAGGUGGAUGACAGCGAUUUAUACUUCAGGGUUGGAACCGAGAAACCCAAAUUUGAUCUGCCGAAGAAGAUAAGUAUUCCCGAUUUCGAAGAGCAGGUGCCAACUAGUCCACCAUAUGUGGCAUUGGUCAGCAAUUUGCCGAUGGAGUGUACCGAACGCGAGUUAAACAAAGUUCUUAACACAUUUUCGAUUCGUUCUUUAACUAUUCCGAAGAAGGGAAAACGACCCAAAGGAUUUGCCUAUGUGGAAAUGGAUUCCCGCGAAGACCUAAUUCGUCUGCUCCAACAGGAAAACCUCAAGUGCCGUGGUCGCUGUCUCAUGAUAAAAUUAAGUGAGGACAGGGUAACCCCACCUCUAAGUGGUGCUGGUGAUGCUCGUUUUACUUCACGAUCAACCAGUGAAUUCGAAUUGACUUCCGAUCACUAUUCAGCUAGCGUCAGUGAUCUCAGUGACAUUGAUCCGCCAGCCAGUCAAAACAAUACGCCCCGUUGGCCGGCCAGCGAAUCGUCCUUUUACGGCAGGGACACUCCCAUCAGACGGAAGCCAAGUAGUACGGAGGAACUGGAGCGCCGGAUGGAACUCCGUCUGGAAAAACUGGCCGAGUUCGAGAAUGCCCAAUCGGAAAGGGCCCAGAAUGGGAACAUGCAUGAUCAGGAUGCAUUCAGCAUGUCCUGGAGCGACAUCCUUACCGAGACCAGAAACAGCGAGGAUAUUUAGUUUUAUUGCGCCAGAUUUCUGUUCUUCUUUUGAUAGUAGGGACUUCAUUUCUUCAAAAGUUGUUACUCAAUUUACAAAGCAAACCAAAAAAAAAAUCAAUAAAUAUAAAUGAAAUUCCCCUGCUUAAA